AUGUGCUCUGACCUCUAUGACCCAUUUCAGAUCGAUUGGGUCCCUCGUGCCCGGCUAUAUCAGCACAGCUCUGUCCCCCCACUGGAGGGGGGCGAGUGGCACGCUGCACACUUAAAAGAGCCAGCCCUCUCCCAACGCUGUCCAGCCACUCUCUGCGGGGACCGGGCUUUGGCAGAGGCGGCUGCUGGACUCAGAUGGACCGGAUCGGCCUUCUGCCCACUCUCCCGAGAGAGCGGGGCAGGAGACAGAAGAUCAUCAGUUGGACUGGCUCCACCUGCGGAUGACCGCGUGACUGGGUGA